AUGUCCGAAGAACGGUCGAAGAUAUCGCUGAGAAGCGGUGGCAAGCGGAAGAACCGCCCAACCAUCAGCGCUCCCAGACAGAUCUCGGCUCCGAUACCACAAGACAAUGGCAUGCCUCAACCUCCUCCGGGGGCCACCAUGGCCGACGAACCACGUAUGAUGCGGCCUCGGCCUCCGAUGGCGGGCGGCAAGACAUCAGAUUUGGUCAAGAAACGAUAUUCGACUCGCUUCGGUAAUAUGCCAACCGACUUUGACCUGUCGUCGAAUCCCAUGCCUGCUCUUCCGGACUUCGAAAAGUACAUGCAAGCCCAGGUCGGCCCACCACCAUCGAGAGGGGGGGAUGCUGGGGGAGUUGGGCCUUUGGGCAGAGAACCACCUCGGGUAGACGUACGAGCCCUGAGAGACCCUAACUUUGCUCCCGAGCAGUAUGUGGCCGAGGUUCUUGGUGAAGCGACCGAAGACGAGAUACGGGACUACGAAGACGCUCUAAAACAGCUCAAGGCUCGAGCAGCUGCCGACCUUCAGCAAAAUGUUUAUCAGAACCGCACGCAGUUUAUCAAGAUCAGCAAGGAGGCCGAAAAGCUCAAGGGAGAGAUGCGCACCCUCCGCAACCUUAUGUCGGAACUCAAGACGAACACCACCGCCCUUCGAGCUUCAUCCAACAGUGCCGAUAGCUCGGGGAAUCUGGGACCCGAGUUGACGUUGAGUAAGAGAGACAGGCGAAGCUCCAUCACUGACCGGACAGCCUUAUGGAGUGCUCAAAUGCAGGCUCUCUACAAAAGCGUCGAAGGAUCACAAAAGUUCUUGCCUAACUCACAAGGCCGCCAUGUUGUUCAGAAUGCAGGCCCAUGGGUUGAACUAGAUAACGCCACCUACAAGUCGAGGCGAUCCAUGCAAAUAUUUCUGCUCAACGAUCACCUGUUGAUUGCUUCUCGCAAGAAGAGAAAGGUCGACGCACCUGGAGCGGAUGCACGGGGGCCGAUGACGAAGCUCGUUGCUGACCGUUGCUGGCAUCUCUUGGACGUCGAGGUUGUUGACAUGGCUGGAACCGGAGACUCGUCAAAUGGCCGUAAUAAGCUUGCUGAUGCGAUCAUGGUCAGAGGUGGCGGGCAGAACGAGUCCUUUAUUUACAGAACCGAGAAGCCCGAGGACCCUGAAAAGACGACCUUGAUCCUCAAUAUUCGGAAAACGGUGGAGGAACUACGAAGGAACCUUCAGUCCGAACGAGAUGCGAAUAACAAAGCGAAAGAAACGAUCAACUACUUUGCCUCACGCGAUCCCGGCCUGCUCCAAAAGACGGAGCUUUUGGAGACCCUCUCCGAUAUCAAGGACAUGCUUAUCGAAGUCGAUGGAAAACAGCAGAAUCUACGCUGGGUUGAGAGCCAAAUGGAUGAGUUGGACAUCAAUAUCGCCCUUCAGCAAAUUGAGCCAGCCGUUGCACGAAUCGAGAUGCUGCAAAACCUCGCCUCGGGUCUGAAAAACAACAUGAUUGCACAGGACUUUAUCUCGUUUAAGGUUGAUGAGAGAUGCGGGAGGAUUGCCACGUUGAUAGUCCGUGAGCUUGUGAACUCUCAUCAUGACCAGAAAAAGACCAAGAGGAACGUAACGUGGUUGGCCAGGUUGGGCUUUGAGGAUAGAGCGAGAGAAGCCUACCUUGAGGCCCGAAGUGAGGUCAUUCAAAAGCGAUCAAGGCAAUGUAUAUUCCAGGGAGAUCUACACCUGUAUAUCUGGGAGAUCUCAUUUGUUUACUUCACAGUCAUCCGGAAUACGGUUAUCUGCUUCCAAAAUUGCUUCCCGCCACCUAUGAUGAGCGCCUGCGUCAAGUGGGCCAAGGAGGAAGUUGACGCCUUCAACGUCAUCCUAGCAAGACAGCUCAGCAGUGCGGAAGAGGGCGGCGAGGUAUGGACGGAGUGUAUGAACAGGGCAAAAGAGCACGCAACCAUGCUUUCCGAUAUUGGUCUUGACUUUCGGAAUUUGGUUGGGGGGAAUGUCGGUACAUCUGCUACAGUGUCUGAGGGUGCUCCGGUUGGACUGGGUCUGUCCUGA